UGGCUAUGAGAGCAACUCUUUGAUGAAGAAAAAGCAGAGCACCUCUUUACUACACAGAUAUCCCUUCGAUGAAUUAGGAAAUUUUGAUUAUUUUUUAGCGUUGUAAGACUCGUGAAUGAAUCUAGUUCUUUUACUAUUUGUCAGUUUGGAUAAAAACUGUAAAAAAAGGUUUUUCUUUCAGAAUAAUAUGCUCGUAUUUUCAUUUACCAUUUGGAGUGUAUUGUUGAAUGCAUCGGUGAACGGUGAACUGUACUCUGCUUUAGCUGGACUCGAAACUCUUCUUGACACCCAGAGGUUGAUCAUCGAUACCUUAGAUCAUUACAUUGAGUUAUCAGAAAGCAGAAUCAAGAGAAUUAAAAGAUUAAAAGAAGCCUACAGUUAUUUGUUAAGAGAAUCCAGUGCCAAUUUUCAAGAGUUCAUAUCGAAUCCAAUUAAUGCAUUUGUCUUAAUAAAGAAGCUUUCAACCGAUUGGGAUGAAACAAAGAAAAUCAUGUUCGAGCUCCCGAAAAAUGAUAUGAGCAUAAACAGUGCAGUGUUCCCGGAUCAAGAUGACGUUUCAGGAGCAGCUAAAGCACUGUUGCGAGUUCAACAAACCUACGCACUAGAGACUUCACCACUGUCUGAAGGCAUACUUAAAGGAGAGACAAAUGGCUUACCACUGUCUGCGGAUGAUUGUUUUGAAAUGGGACGUCAAGCGUUUCAUGCCGGCUACUAUGAUUAUGCCAUCUCUUGGCUGGAGAGGUCACGUGAAAAAUCUAUCGAAAAUAACGAAGGCAUCAGAAAUUCGACGGAGAUUUUGAAGUACCUCUCUCUUUCGACAUUUGAAAAAGGACGAACUUCCCUUAUGCUUUUCACAAACAGCCUUCUUCAGUUAGGAUAUAUGAUAGCUCCAUCUUUCGAAAAUGGGAUAUUUGCUCCCGAAAAAUCACUAAACAUGGCUGAUUCUAACAAUGCAUUUAUGACACAGACUACAGUUUUCGAUGAAGCCGUUUACCGUACAUUAUGUCAGGCAAAAAAAGGAACUUCAGAGAGUUUUUCCUCGCAACUGAGAUGCAAGUUGGUCGCUUAUCAUCCUUACUUGACACUACAGCCAGUGAAAGAAGAACAGCUAUGGAAGGAACCCAAAAUUUCGCUCUUUUACGAUGUAAUAUCUAACUCGGAAAUCGAAGUUAUGAAAUCCCUUGCUCUUCCUAGCUUACAACGAGCUGAAGUUGCAGAGUACAGUGGAAGUCUCGGUCAUCGAGUGUCUGAUACCAGAGUCACAAAAAUUGCUUGGCUAAGAGAAGCUGAUCAUCCCUUAAUACCAAAAAUGUACCAGCGUAUUGAAGAUAUCACAGGAUUAUCAUCUCAUUCAGCGGAACCUUUCCAGAUGGCCAAUUAUGGGUUAGGAGGACAUUUUCAUUUGCAUAUGGAUGUCCUGCCUGAUACUGAAAGAUACUUUGGACCUGACAUGGGCAACAGAAUUGCAACAUGGCUUCUAUACUUAAGCGAUGUUCGCGGUGGUGGUGCGACUGUAUUUCCUAGACUGAACCUCAGUGUCUGGCCGAAAAAGGGUUCCGCUUUGUUUUGGCACAAUGUGAAAUCCAAUGGAGUGGGAAAUAUUUUGACAUUACACGGAGCUUGUCCUGUCCUUUCUGGAUCAAAAUGGGUGUCUAAUGUGUGGUUCCAUGAAAGAGGCCAAGAAUUCCGGCUUAAGUGUGGAAUGCGCCCUGAAUCCUCACUGUUGCAGGCAAACUUAUCUAACUGAAGAAGAAAAGUUCCUAAAUGUUAAACUGUAAAUAGAGAAAAUUGAAA